AUAUCAAAAAGACUACAACGAUGAGGAGUUAUCUUACUCUAACCACUGCAUUUGCAGCAAUUCUUGGACUUCUUGGCUCCAUUGCUACUCAAGCAAGACCUUUAUCAAAAGGUAGUAGUAGUACUACUACUACUUCUUCUGGCUCCUAUGAGGUUCCUGUAAUUGCAAUUUAUGGGAGUGAUCAUGAUCAGUACUUAAGCCCCAAACAUCCAACAGCAGCAGUACUGUUGUCGGACAUGGACAUCGUACCUACUUCGCGACCGAUAAUUAUCGGCAACCUUGAACGACGGAGCACUCCUUUAGUACCUUCAUCACCAAUCCCGGAUACACCACGCGGACAGCUAGAUUUUGGUAUCUCUCCAUGCCAUGUAGUCUCUCCUCCUCCUCCUCCACCACCACCAAAACUACUACUACUUGAGCUACCACUACUCCAUGAAACAACAUCCAUGGUCUCCAAGCUAUAGCUAUUAUAUAUAUAUAUAUAUAUAUAUAUAUAUAUAUAUAUGUUCAAUUCCCAGCUUUUUAAUUUUAUAUAUAUUCAUGGAGGAUCCAACAAAUCAUGUGUAAGGUUUAGUGGGUUGAUUUGAAAAUCAUCACCAUUUACAAUUAGUGUUCCCUCAUUUGAGAGUUUGAUUACAAUCAUGUUUCGAUUUAGGCCGAGUAAUGAGCAACCUUGUCCGGCCCAUUUACAAGUGUAUGGGCCAUCCAAUGAUCCUUUCUACAGUGGCGAUCUUAGGCCCAUUAUGCUAAGGUCAGGAGUUCAAAUCAAUCAGUUGAGAGUAUUUCUCUGUAAUUUUCUUGGUUCCAUGGGCCUAUCCACUUUCGAGACAA